AUGGUCGCACUGACUGCGUUCUUCGAGGAAAGCUAUCAAAGCAGUAUCCCGCAUUUCGCGGACUCGAGCGUGCAUGAAAGACUCGUUCAUGAAGAUCACCAACUUGAUAACGCAUUCUCCAAGGAUCUAAGCGACAAAGAUGCAGGGAAACAUCCUCCGCCGGCUGCACAUCUUCCUGUUCACUUAGGGAAAUCAACUGACAAGUCUGAGGGACCACGGUACUCAAAUGUUGCGUACUCGGAAUACGACUUUAUAGACAGCUAUUCACUCUCCUCUUUGCCACCAGAGGAUAUGCAAUUCUUGGCAUCAAAGUGCUCUCUUACUCUGCCGGAGAAAGAUGCGAUGGAUGAGUUUGUGCACCAGUAUUUCAGACAUAUUCAUCCAGUUGUGCCGGUAUUGGAUGAAGGCGAGUUUUGGCGGAUCUAUGAAGGCGAUCCUGGGCCCGACAGGCUAUCAAUAUUUGUCUUCCAGGCCGUUCUUUUUGCAAGCUGUCCAUUCGUCUCGUUGGAAACAUUGUACCGCUGCGGCUUUAAUGACAAGCGAGAUGCUCGAAACCAGCUAACUAAUUUCGUCCUUGUUCUGGAGCAGCUCUUGUUCGACUUGAAAGCCGAAGUACGACCGUCGGCAAAAGCGCAGGGAGCUGUUCUUCUCACUCACCAUACCUCCGCCGAUCAUCCUCAAGCAGGAAGCCUGUGGUUAGCACGAGCCAUUGAAAACGCCUUGAUAAUUGGUGCUCAGCCAUCAAUGCUGGAUGAGCAUCUGAGAGACUCGCUCAAGAAGCGACUUUGGUGGUCUAUUCUUCUCCGUGACCGCAGUCUGUGUAUUGGUCUCCGGCGUCGCCCCCAGAUCACAUCAAUCAACCUACAUGGAUGGUCUGAUUGGCUGCGUGAAGAAGAUUUUGCAGAAGAGUUACAUUCCUCCCGAGUAUACGACCUAGACGCAAAACGCCUAUUAUUACAGGCACUUCAAGAACAAUGCCGGCUCGCCGUACUGCUGACCGACCUGGUCUCGUUUAUCUUCUGCCCUAGAGUCAAACCCACCUGUUUCCUCUCAGUCGAAGAAUUCCAUGGAGCGAUGUCCAACAUUGAGAGGAUUCGGGAGUCGUUGAUUGAGUGGGAAAUGCAGACACAGCCUGCUCUGCGACUAGAUGCAGCACCAGAUGCUUACGGCCCUGUUGCGACAAUUAUCAAUUUGACCUACAUGUAUUAUCAUGCUGCACGAGUUGACCUUGCUCAGUAUGCGGCGUUCAUGAUAGAGGAAAACCUCUCAUAUGCGAGAGAGACACACAAGCAGCAAAUUUUCAAAAUUGGACAGGAUCUCAAAGGCGCGAUUGAGAGUCUUACUACCAUCAUGGAAUUCUUUAGCGCAAACGGACGCGUAAACAGCUUGCCUCUCAGCAUACUUGGCUAUGUGGGCAUGCCAUUGGUCUUGGCGGCAAUUGACUUGAAACUAUCACCUUCUCACGAAGAGAUGAUGAUUCGGCAAAAGCGUUUGCACUCGAUUAGUGGAAUCAUACGGCAAUCAGAAACCCUCUACGAUGUCACCGAUUUUGUCGCCGCAGGCACCAACCACAUAUUACAGCUUGCUUAUUGGACUACGCAGAACCUUUUCCUUGGCUGGGAGCACCAUGCUAAACGAAAUGCACCGGUUGACCAACUAAAGAGAUCCUGUUUGAGUGAUAAUCCUUCAGACAGCGAUUUGGUGAAAGGGCUCAAUUCACGUUUCCGCGUGAAGAGCUGGUUGGACGCCUUCAUCUACUUCCCUCGGGCGUAUCUUUUAAUUUCUACAUCAGUGGAUUACAGCUUAGCUGUUGGCCGUCUGCCAUAUGAACAUGCACUUCCCGAGCUGGUCCGUCAUAUUCCAUCAAUGGGUGCUACUUCACGGCUCCCAUGGACAAUCAGUGUUCGUCCAGUCAGCAAACAGAAACCAUCCUCUUCAUCCCGACAAAAAAGACGAAACAUGGGUGUUCGAUCAGAGUCUGUAGAGACUAGGACCACCGUUCAAACCAUUAGCACCGAGACAGCUGAAGGAGCGCCACAUCGACGGGAAUCUUAUACCGAUGAGCGUACAACGUUGCCCUCAUCUGGGCCAGGCGCCCCAGAACAGGCUUUGGAGCCUCCGAACCAGACUUCUAAUCAAGCUGAUAAUGUUGAAAGUAAAACAUGGCGGCAGUGUGAGGUGAACCUCGACUUCAUGGACUUGAAAAAUGUCCCAAAUGCCCCUGGUGGGUUAUCGCCCGCAAUCCCUCCUCAAUUUGAAGAAGAGUCCGCGGCUCCUGGAGCUACAAGGGCGACACGCAAAGAGCAGGUGCAGGUACACCAUGAGAGCUUUGAAACCGAGAAUAUUGAAGUCAAGGGCUUCAAUAGGAUUUUGAUGAACUCAUUAUUUCACAAUUCCAGUGGGGAGGAGUGGGAUGAAUUGUAUCAUUCGAGUUUCCAGGCAACUUGUUGA